AUGUCCACAGCAUCUUCUUAUCUACUGGAACCAGAGCUCGAGCUACAUAAUAUCACAAAUGCCGACUCUCAUACAACGAACAAAAAGACACUCAGUCACGUCCAGCCCAAAACCUAUAAGCUACGCAGGUUUCCCCUCCGAGCGGCCGCGCUGAUUGUGGGCCCAGCGGUGGUCCUUGCCUACUACGCUUUUAUCUGGCAUUUGGUUGUGACCAGGGCGGAGGAUACGCUCAAACUUGGCAUCCCAAACGAGCUUUGGAUACACUACUGCUGGUUCGUUGUCGGCGUAUUUGGCCUGAACUUUUCAAAGUAUGGCCUACUCGGUAUCGAAGCGAGCAUGCUGCACGAUCGCAACUGGCAGGUUAAAAGUACCAUGAAGCUAUUGAUGCAUUGCGACAGCGCUUGGAGCAGCCCAGGAGGUUGGCUCAAAUGCGGCAGCGCAUUGUUGCGGCAGAAGAGGAAUGUUGCGGGGCGGCUGUGGUACACACUGGCUGUCCUCAGCUUGUUUCCCUUUGUUGCUCUCCCACUGUCGGGAUUGACCAUGGAGCCAGUCGAUGGCUAUGUCGCAUCACACGAGUCCCCACUGGCCAUCGGACACAAACCAGACGACUUCAAUCGCAGGCCUAAAGCAUCAAAGGAAACCUUGUUCUGGAAAACGGGCCAGUCUCCAACAAUUCCGGGGAUAGGUAUAGUAUAUACUGCACCUCAUGUGCAACGGAAUUCCGUUCCAUACCUCCGGGACCUGCCGAAUUCCCUACCUUCGAAUAUUUCUGAAAGCAACCCAGAGCUUUUCCUUGCGCCACAGGCGAAUGUACCUAUAAGUGGGAGAGUAUGGGGUUUGCUCAUAGGAUGCAACUGCUCCAUUGUCAAGUCAUUUUCUGAAUUCGCAAUCCUGAACCAAAGGACAACUGCCGACUUUAAUGAAACCAGCUCGCUGACGGAGUUAAAGCUUAAUUCUUCCCAAUUAAGUGAUAGAAUAAUAAUCGCUGCUAAUUCAAAUGCCAACUUGGUAGCUCACGCCCAGAUAGGCUUCAAUUUUUCAGGGGUAUACGGGCAGACUGGUUGGGCUGCUACUGCGCCUACGCCCGCCCUUUUUGAGUAUGCUCUCUGGCAGGGGAAUAGGGAAAUGGGAUUUAAUCUUCUUCGCGAACAAGUCAAUUUCAGCACGACUAUUGACUCACCCAUGGCCGACGUCGGAGGCCCUUACUUUCAGGCCAAGAACGGCACCUUCUAUUUCAACCAAACAUUUUACGGCAACCAACCCGAUGAAAAUGGCACUAUUAGCUCAGAGCCUGUGUAUCGGUCGACGUCCCUAAGUCACAUCGCCCCUCCCAUCGGAGUCCGUUGUAUUCGGGACUCUAAGCUUGGAUACGCUGACGUCGAUCGCAAAGGCCACUUCCACUCAUUCACGAAAAGUCCCCCUCCCCACGUUGAUACCCAUGAGAGCGGCGAUGUGUUCGGUUUUGGCUACAUCGGCCACGAUAUCGCUGGCAAAUUCACCGAGCUCGUAACAUCCACGAAUUCCCCCCCACCGCUACGUUUCACUCACGGGCUAUACUACCCCAGUUAUAUCCAGGCCGAAACUCUUUACCAGUCAAUCAUGCUCGCGCAUGCCUGGAACGCCUUGGAAUUAAUGUAUGACAGCAGUUACACUUUUCAAUCUGCUUAUAUUUUACCCAACGCAACCGGCUCGCGAGCCAGCAAGGUUAUGGGCCCUGGAGCCAUCCCGCCCAUCUAUGUCGGGGUUUUAUUCGCCCUGUGGGCCGUAGGUUCCGUCAUACUUGGCUGCGGAUAUGGACUUCGUCGUCGCUGGUCUGAGAGGCUGGAUGGGUAUAGCAUGUUCCGGUUUGGAGCAGAUUUUGCGCGAGAGAUCCAAAACGAGCCUGAUUUUGCGUGUACUGCAGAAUUUGAGGAAUGUCAGGCCCUGUGGAAACUGCCUGGUUUGGUGGGUGAUGCCCAGCCGGCGAGAGAUAUCGGACACAUUACGCUGGUGAAAUGGGGCAAUGAGCCGAAUAAGGGGAAAAGAUAUCAUUAG